AUGUACAGAUUAUCUGCUUAUUUGUUGGCAUGCACUGUCUUUAUGUUGGCUGUGCUCUCUGCCAACGCCGCCUUUACUGAGCGUCAAUACCAAGACUCUUUCGUCUCAUGGAUGCAAACCAACAACGUCAAGUACGACGGAAAGGAAUUCAACCAUCGUUACGGUGUCUUCAAGAAGAAUAUGGACUACGUCCAACAAUGGAAUGCCAAGGGUUCAUCCACCGUCCUCGGUAUGAACAUUUUCGCUGAUCUUACCAACGCUGAAUACCAACGUAUCUACUUGGGUACCAAGAUCGAUGCCUCUGGUCUCUUGAACGUCGCUGCCGCCCGUGCCUUUGACCGUAACUUCAACAUCAAAGCUUUGAACCCAACCGUCGAUUGGCGUGCCAAGGGUGCCGUCACCCCAAUCAAGAACCAAGCCCAAUGUGGUUCUUGUUGGUCAUUCUCUACCACUGGUUCCGUCGAGGGUGCUCACGAAAUUUCCACCGGUAACUUGGUUGCUUUGUCCGAGCAAAACUUGAUCGAUUGUUCCGUCCCAGAAGGAAAUCAAGGUUGCAAUGGUGGUCUCAUGUGGGCUGCUAUGGAAUAUAUUAUCAAAAAUGGUGGUAUCGACACCGAGUCAUCCUACCCAUACACCGCCACUGGACCGAACAAGUGCCGUUACAACUCUGCCAACUCUGGAGCCAAAAUCUCCUCAUACGUCAACGUCACCUCUGGUUCUGAGACUUCCCUCGCUUCAGCUGCCAACGUUAACCCAGUUUCUGUUGCCAUCGAUGCCUCCCACAACUCCUUCCAAUUGUACUCAUCUGGUAUCUACUACGAGCCAGCUUGUUCAACCACCCAACUCGACCACGGUGUCUUGGUUGUUGGUUACGGUUCAGGUCCAGCCUCAUCCUCCACCACCGCUACCACCCUCUCUGGUACUGGUUCAGCCACCUCUGGUACUGUAACCUCAUCCUCUGGUCAAUCCACCACUGCAUCCGGUACUUCCGCUUCAGGUACCUCUGCUUCAGGUACUUCCGCUUCAGGUACCUCUGCCUCCGGUACCUCUGCCUCUGGUACCUCUGCUUCUGGAUCAUCAUCCGCCUCUGGAUCAUCAUCCGCCUCUGGAUCAUCAUCCGCCUCUGGAUCAUCAUCCGCUUCAGGAUCAUCAUCCGCUUCAGGAUCUUCCUCAGCCUCUGGAUCAUCAUCCGCUUCAGGAUCUUCCUCAGCCUCUGGUACCUCAGCCUCUGGUACCUCUGCUUCCAGCUCAACCAACCUCCAACGUCGAAGCCGGUACCGAGAACUACUGGAUCGUUAA